AUGAAGCGCCUCACCCUCCUCCUGACUCUUGCCGCCAUCGCGACCGCCGCCUCGGCCACUCUCGUUCGUCUUCCAGGAUCGGACAGCUCGAGCGACAUGAACCCAGCGCACGCCGAUGUCGACGACGAACUCCAAAGAGCGUUCCAGGCUCCCUCCAAGGACAGUAACCCGCACACGGACAUUGCGACGGGCCUGAGCCUCGCCGACGCCUUGACGCUUGAGCGCCGCGCGAGCCUGUGGUGGGACUAUGCGCGCGAUGUCGCUGCUGUGACCACCCGCUUGACGCGCAAGGGCGACACGACCUUGCUCGUUCCCCUCGACCGGGCGAUCAUGGCCCUGCCAACCAAGCCCCACCAGAACCCCAAUGGCGAGACGAGCGAGAAGGAGGCGCGGACCAACGUCGAGUCGUUCUUGAGUGCCCACAUUGUGCCGUCGUCGCUUGACAUGCCGGCCAAGAACGGCAAGGACACCCCAACGCUCCAUGAUGGCGUGAGCGUGCGCGUCGAGGGCGAGGAGGGCAGCUGGGUCGUGCAGCCGGGCGACAUCAAGGUCGUGGCCGUCAAGCAGGCCAGCAACGGCAAGAUCCUCUACCUCGACGGCGUGGUCAAGUCGUAG